AUGGCUCCUGCUCUUGAACAAGCAAUAACCAGCGAUGCAUCAUCGGACGUUACCAUCACUGGAAAGAUAUACACACGAGUUCGUCUCGCUACGAAAUCUGAUCUUUCUCAUAUAUACCGAUUGUUUUACCAAAUCCAUGAAUACCAUAACUAUACUCAUUUAUACAAAGCUACUGAGUCCUCCUUAGCCAACUUGCUCUUUAAGGAAAACCCUCUUCCACUUUUCUACGGGCCAUCUGUUCUUCUACUUGAAGUCUCUCCAACCCCUUUUGACGAACCUAAAAAUACUACAGACGAAGGGUUCAAGCCUGUCCUUACAACGUUUGACCUUAAAUUCCCAGUCGUAGAAGGAGAAGUUGAGGAAUUCCGAUCCAAAUAUGAUGAUAAGAGUGAUGUUUACAUCGCAGGAUAUGCUUUCUUUUACGCGAAUUAUUCAUGCUUUUAUGACAAGCCUGGAUUUUAUUUCGAGAGUCUUUACUUCAGAGAGAGUUAUAGAAAGUUAGGAAUGGGGAGUUUGUUGUUUGGGACAGUUGCAUCUAUUGCUGCCAACAAUGGGUUUGUAUCGGUAGAGGGAAUAGUAGCAGUUUGGAACAAAAAGUCAUAUGAUUUUUACGUAAAUAUGGGAGUUGAAAUAUUUGAUGAAUUUAGGUAUGGAAAGUUGCAUGGUGAAAAUCUUCAAAAGUAUGCUCAUAACUAGGACAAAAACGGCGAAAGGGAGCUGUUAG